CGGUUGUGCAUAAUUGUACGUUAUUAUCGCACGUUCAAGAAACGCUGUUCGUACGUGAUUCUCAAUGUACCGAUUUUAGAUUCGACGUCGAUGUCGUUGAUAUCGUCUAAACGCGUGCGACAAGGUUGAAUAAACGUAAAGUGUGUGUCAAAGACGUGCAAUUUAUUGGAGUAUUACAAGGAGACACGAAUAUAUAAAUCGUUGGAAGAGCUCGCCGCGUCGUUCCGUCAUUUCUAACCUAAAAAAUUGAAAUGGCCGAGUCGGAACAAGAUUUCGGAGAUCGUGGUGACAAUGACAAUCUAAAAACGGAUAAACUGUUUAUCUUAAAAAAAUGGAAUGCAGUGGCAAUGUGGAGCUGGGAUGUGGAGUGUGACACUUGCGCAAUUUGUCGAGUUCAAGUAAUGGAUUACGAAUGGGCAGUAAAAUUGAAUCGUUUUUUUUUAAAUGCAAUUUGUCUAUGACCUACGGAGGAACACGGCGUAAGAGAUAAAUUUUUCAAGAAAUUACGAAUAGUAGCAUAUUUUAUGUUGAUAACCUUUGUUUGUAUGAUUCCUUGCUUUUAUGCUUUGUUCAAACAAUGCAACACUCUAAUGGAGGUGACAGACAAUCUUACAUAUUCUGUUCCCUUGGUGAUAACAAUGAUAAAGUUUAUCGUCGUGUCUAGCAAAAAGGAAGUUCUCUUGCCGAUCGUAAACAUGAUCGCAGAAGAUUGGGCAAAAUUGAAAACAGAGUUUGAAAGAGACGUGAUGAUACGACAAGCAAAAAUUGCAAGAAAACUCAACAUAUUCAGUAAUAUCAUAGUGUUUGUCUUAAUAUGGUUGCUGAUGAUUUUACCGAGAUUCGGAAUCACUAUUCGAUACGUAAGAAACGGAACUGACGCAAGAAAACUGUUCCCGCUGCCAACUUAUUACAUUUAUGAUAUGUCUGAAACUCCAUAUUUUGAGAUAAUGUACACUGUUCAGUCUACCAGUUUAUUAAUAGCGUCAUUUUGUUAUACUGGGGUUGAUAAUUUUUUUGCAAUAUUAGUCCUUCAUAUCUGUGGACAAUUGGAAAAUCUUCGAUCUCAUCUCGCAAAUAUGAAGAAAUUUGAAACUUUUAAUCGCAUUUUAGCGACCACUGUAGAAGAUCACAUACGGCUUAUCAGAGCGAUUGAUGUGAUCGAAAAUACAUCAACACUAUUAUUUUUCGCGAUGUCGCUUAAUUUUGGUAUGUGUACCUGUAUCUAUGGAUUAUUACUAAUCACUGUAAGUAUUAAAAUUGAGCAUUUUUCCGUGUUUCGAAUAACUUAUUUAACGUGUAACUUUCUGAACACAGUUCUUCACACGGCUUGCUAUUUUAUGGCUGGACAAAUGUUAGUAAGUCGAGCUGAAAGAGUGCACGAUGCUGCAUAUGAUUGCGAGUGGGUAAACCUGAAAUCCAAGAAAGCGAAAUGCUUGAUUAUAAUCAUGGCAAUAUCAAAAAGACCGCUCUAUUUGACCGCGGGAAAAUUAUUUCCCGUAACGAUGUUAGCAUUCUGUAACGUAAAAUACAUUCUUUAUCCAUUCUUUCUUGCCCCAUUUUUCUUUCUUCUAUUUGCUUUACUUCUUACCUACCACCAUUUCAGAUAUUGA